AUGAAGCUCUCCCUGGUAUUUGAGCUUUUGCUCAUAUUCAUACUUUUGGCUUUUGCGGCGCAAGCUAAGAACAUAAGAAAACAAAAGAAUAACAACAAAAAAGGCAUUCAAAACAGGAAUGAUGCAGAGAAGCCUGACGAUAAUACCAUAAACAAGUACUGCAAAUGUCAAGAAUCUCUGUGCAAUUGCUGCAGGGAUUUCGAUCUCCCUGUGGUCAACUUAAAUGGUCCAGGAUGUGCUUCGCUGAGGUAUCUAAGCGGAGAUAAAAUGUCGGUGUCCCUGAGCUUCGGAAGGAAAGUUAUCACUAACCGAACCCUUUCAGGCAAAAAACCUAGUCCAGUAUGCAUGCCACUUCCUGGAGGAAUAUCGAAAUUCUGUGGACGAGUGUACAACAUCGCCCGGGCAGGGGAAGAUUUCAGAGCGUGCCUUGGGCUAGAACUACAGUCCAAGAGCGCUGUCGAAGCAGCCGUCAGAGUGUCUUGUUUCAAAUUCGGCCCCAGAGGAGUUACUUCUGAACAAGCAGACCCCUUACCCUUAGUUCCUCAAAAUGAAAGGGAAGAAGAUGAUGACGACGACGAUGAUGAUGAUGACGACGAUGUAGACUUUGAUCUUGGUGAUGACGACGACGAUGAUGAUGAUGAAGCUGUAAAUGACGUCGAAAGUGCAGACUAUACUGGUUUCAGUCUUCUAUCUGAAGAUUUACUGGGAGGACUCUUCGGAACCUCUGGUGGUAAAAAGCCAAAUAAACAUAGAAAAAAACAAGCUCCGGCUCCUACUCCUUCAACUUCGACUACUCUUUCAACGACCACAAGACGGCCUAGACCAUCGCGUCGACCUACGAGGAGACCGACUAGGUCGACAACUCCCAGAACAACAGGCACAGCAAAACCCACUACAGUUCGAGUAAGACCUUCAGGCAAUAGGAGACCCACCAGAAAACCAGGCAGACGACCGACUAGAAAACCAACAACCCCCAUUUUAAUUGAUAGUCCCACUACAUCAACAAUGGUAAUGUCAUCUACAGAAGCUGUAUCUGUGGCAAUAUCCUCGAGUACUCAAGUUCCUGCACGAAAUGAUAUGAUAUCUACAGCUCAAGAUCAAACUUUUGAACCUAUUGCUUUCGUAACACAAAAACCUGCAACUACUGCAUCUGCAACAACCAUAAAAAGUGUAACUAAUUUCGAAGACCCUGGUUUAGAAAUGUCUCUCGCACAUAUAACCGGCCAGUUAUCAGUAAUGCCUGCUAAGCCAAUAACUUCAGACACAGGUAAAGAAUCAAUUAUGGCCGUUGAGAACGAGCAACUGAAUUACGAAAAAAUUGAAACAAUCACAAAAGUACCACCUACGGUGCCACUCGUCACUCCUGUUCCCAACAGUGAUGAAAUGAUUCAAAUAGUACACAGUUUAGAUUCACAAUCUGAGGAACAUAACGUCAAUAAGGAUGAAACAUCAGCUGAUGAAAGUCGUGCUCAUAUUAUGAAUGCAGCUGUACCUAAUGAUUUUUAUGAGGGGUUAAGUUUAAAACCGAAGAAGAAAAGCCGCAAUAAUGACUACGACUUAGAUGAUUUGGAUGUAUUAAAUUUAGAUCAAAUAGGCAAAACCGUCGGACAAGAAUUAGGAAUUUUUGGCAACAAUAACAAGCAUAACAAAAAUAAUAGAAAUAAAAAAGUGCGAGAUGGUAAAAAAGAUGAAGAUUACUCUGUUAUAGGGUUAGACUCACUGGAAUCUUUUAUUGGACUGGAUAACGGCAAACAAAACAAGAAACACAGGAGAAGACAAAACAAGAUGAUGCGUGGCGAGUGGUCUGAACCUCAAGUAUGACGUCUGUCAUAGCAUAUACUUAGUUAGUUUUAGUAAAUAAGGCUAUUUAUUUCU